AUGAUAAAUUCUUAUUACUUAAUUAUUUUAUUCUAUUUUCCAAAUGUUUUAACUUAUGAUUGUCGUGAAAUAUGUAAUUUAACUGUAUAUGUUUAUGAAAAUCUAUCAAAUGAUCAAUUACAAUGGAAUAUAAUUGAUUUACUUUACAACCGUACAUUAACAUCAUUUCCAUUUGAACAUUAUCAAUAUUCAUUAUCAAAUCCAUCGGAUUACUUUGAAAUUGAAUCACCAAUAUUAAAAUUUCGUUUAUCAGAAUUAGAUCGUGAAAAAAUUUGUAGUAAAAUUGUAUAUCAUGAUCAUGAAUGUUCAUUACAACUACAAAUAUUUACACAAACAUCUUUUUUUAUUAUAUUUAAAUUAAUUAUAUUAGAUAUAAAUGAUUGGAAACCAUACUUUAAAGAUGAUCAUAUACAUAUAAAUAUUCGUGAAAAUUUACCAAUUAAUUAUCGUGUACAGUUACCUAUUGCAUAUGAUCAUGAUUCAACAGAAUAUAAUGUUGAUUAUUAUAAAUUUAUAAAUGAUGAUCCUGUCAUACAACAAUUAUUUCAACUUGAAAAAUUUCAUGAUGAACUUCGAUUAAAAUUGUUAAAACAACUUGAUUGUGAAAAAACAAAUCAUUAUCAAUUAGAAAUCAUUGCUAUUGACAAAGGUGGAUUGGAAUCGAAUGUUUUACAUGUAAAUGUAACAAUAGAUGAUUUAAAUGAAUUUCAACCGCGCUUCAAACAACGUCUUUAUCAUACUCAUAUACCUGAACAUACUCCUAUAUCAAAUACAUCAAUAUUAAAUGUGAUUGCAACGGAUGAUGAUUGCUAUGAUAAAAUAAUUCAUUAUUCUCUUCUUCGUGAUAUAGCGAAUGAUGUAUUUCCAUUUGAAAUUGAUAAAUAUACUGGCUCAAUAUAUGUUAUGCAUGAACUUGAUUAUGAAAAAAUGUCUUCAUAUCGUUUUCGUGUUAAAGCAUCAAAUCUUGAUCAAAUAACAUCAAGUAUCGUACCUGUUGUUAUUGAUAUAAUUGAUAUAAAUGAUAAUCAGCCGUUAAUACAGAUUAAUAUUCUUAAUGAUUAUAAAUCAAUAAAUUCAAAUGAAGAUAAUGAAGAAUUUAUGAUAAAUAUUAAAGAAAAUAUACAAUUUGGACAAGUGAUUGGAACACUUAUAAUUCGUGAUAAUGAUUCAAUCAUGAUCAAUAGGAAAAUAUCAUUGAAAAUUCUUUCGUGUUGGCCAACAAAAAACUCUUGUCCAAUUGAAUUAGAUUCAGGAAUAAGAAAUAGUGAUGAAAAUGAAAAAACUAGUAUUGGUUCAACUAAUUAUUUAAUACGAACAUCAAGACAAUUAGAUACUGAAAUGGGUGAUGAUCAAUAUACUAUUAUUCUUGAAGCAAGAGACUAUGGUGAUCCACCAUUGAGUAGUCAACGACGUUUACUAGUUUUGAUUCAUGAUCAAAAUGAUUGUACUCCAAAAUUUACACAAUCAAAUUAUCAAUUUCAUUUUUCGGAAUCAACUCCAGUUGGAUUUUCUAUUGGUCAUGUAAAUGCUGUUGAUCGCGAUUUAUCACCAAGUUUUCAUCGUAUUCAAUAUAAACUGGCUGAUAAUGAAAAUAAUCAUAUUAUUGAAAUCAAUUCUAAUAAUGGAAGUAUAUAUUUAACUAAAACAUUAUCAGCAGGAAUGAGAUUUAAUGUAACAGUUAUGGCUAUCGAUCAACAGAAUCAUUCAUUGUAUGAUCAAACAACAGUACAAAUUUUAUCGUAUGAUGAAGAAACAUGUCUGCCUACUUUUAAACAAAAAAUUUAUAUAUUUAAUACAACUGAACAUCGAUUGACACCAUAUGAAAUAGGUCAAGUUUCUGCCGAUAGUUGUCUAUCAUCAUCAAUUCCAAUAUCUUAUCAUCUGGUUAAAGAUAAAGCAUCAGCAACAUUACCAUUCUCUAUUGAUAGUCGUAAUGGUAUAAUAAUAGUUGUACGUGAAUUAGAUCGAGAGAGAAAAGCAUUUUUUCAAUUUUUUGUUGAUUCAUUCAAUCAUAAAACUCAUCAAGCAAGUCAAACAGAGAUUCAAAUAAAUAUUCUUGAUGAAAAUGAUCACUAUCCAAUGUUUGAUAAUUCAAUAGAUAAUGCUCGUGAACAAUAUAUUUAUAUCAAUAAAUCUUUAUCUUCAAAAUAUUCACAUGAAAAAAACUCAAUAAUAAACAAUAUCUUAAUUGCACAUAUUUCUGCAACAGAUCCAGAUGAAGGUUCAAAUGGUCUCAUUAAUUAUUAUUUUACAAACAAUGAAAAUUAUGCAUUUUUUCAUUUAUAUUCAAAUGGUUCAAUUGUACUUUAUAAUCAAAAUAAUCUUCAAUUACCUUACCGUCUGGAAGUCUACGCACGUGAUCAAGGUAGUCCAGUGCCAUUAAACUCGAAAGAAAGUGUUGUUAUUUAUGUUUGUGAUGCAUUAAAACGAAAUGAAUGUCCAUCGGAUGAAUCUAGUGAACAUCAACAAUGGUUACUUGGUUUUAAUGGUAAAAAUCAAAUAAAAACAGAUCGUGUAACAGCAAAUUUUUAUCUUGGCUCCAUAUUUAUAAUGAUUUCAAUUCUUCUAUUUAUUGUGAUUAUUAUUGUUUGUAUUGUUUGGAAUUUAAUUAUAAAGGGACAAAUAAAAGGUAAACAUGAUCAUUUACACGGUAAUUUAUCAAAAUUAUCGACUGAAUCCUAUAAUUGUCGUACGGAAGCAAGAAAAAACUUGAUUGUUUCCGAUAGCCUUGGUGAUUCAUCACCAACAAUGACAUCAAUUGAUGGAAAUCAUCGUUUGAAAUCUGUGGCUGUAUGA